CGACCGACCUCUCACACUCCCAUCGCCCCUUUGCACCUUUUCGCUUUCACGAUCAACGCACCACCGACGAAUUUAACGAAACCCGCACCGCGCGCUGCUGACCAUGGCGCAACCGCAAUCGCAGGUGCCCCAGGCGCCUCCCCAUCAGGUUCCUCAUGGCAUGCCGCAGAUGCAGCAAAUGCAACAAAUGCAAAUGCCCCAGAUGCAACAACAGCGACCCUCGUACUCGCCGCCGCAACACUCGCCGUCGCCGGCCGGCACGCCCCAGCCCGGAUACGCGGUGCCGCCAAACAAGCGACCGCGCACUUCGCCUACCUCUCCUCCUUCGCAUCCCCAGUCGCCCUACGUCGCUACACCCUACACGGCCAGCCCCCAGAUGACCACCGCGUCACCCGCGCCUGUCACCUCGCCUGGCUAUUCCAAUCUCGCCGCCCCUGCGGGGGCGCCGCAGUACAAUACCGCACACACCAACGGCAAUUCCGCGCAGUCGCCCGCGCCGACCCCGAUGCUGUCCCUCCCUGAUACCCGACCUUCAUACCCUUCGUCACCCGCGCCGUCGGGGCCCGCGACCGCACCCACCCCUCCCGCCUCUCAACAGUACACGACGGCAACCAUGGCGCCCGUGGUGCCUCCUCCGCCCGCCGCGACGCCAGGCACAAUGGGACCCCCUUCAAAACCUCCCGCCAAGGAGAUCGAGUACGACGUGGCCGACUCGCUGGCCGGGACCGGGAUCGACCUCCGCGCGGAAGAACAAUUCCUGGCCGAGUUCUACGCCGGCUCAUUCACGCAGGACGCUAGGACGGGCCUGCCUGCAAAUGCUCCCGGUGGCAAAGGCUCAUUCUACGGCGCUGGAAUGGCGAACCAGCCAGGCGAGGCUGUCGGUGCUGUUAGCCAGGAGGCUUACGAGGCCGAGGCGGCUCAAAAGGCAUGGGACGAGGCAGCCCACAGGCUUGCUGUCGUGCGCAGCAACGAGAUAAACAACCCUUUCUUGAUGAUCGCCAACCUGCAUCACCGCGUCGAGAAGAUCGCGAAGGAGCACGGUUUGAGCGUGAACCUCGAUCUGAAGAACGCGAACCCGGCGGGCAAGCUGAGACCGCCGCAAGAGUUCCCGCCUCCCAAGGUCACCGUCAGCACGAAACCAGGUCCCGAUGGCGUGAUGGUGACGACCACGGGCUCCUUUAUCCCGCACGACGCCUACCUCGUCGACCAGCUGGCGCUCUUGUCUAUUGCCACCAAGCAUCGCCUGAGAGAGCUGAUUGAGGACGCCAACGCCGUUGCCAUCCAUCGCCAGACGACGUCCCAUGGAGAGAUACCCGCAGAAUGGGCCGACGUCGCAGUGCCUCUUCGAACCGGCCUAGAUUCUCUACCCGACGACCCCGAGAGCGCUGCGCUCCUGAAGACACGGAAGCGUUCCUUUGAUGCAUACGCAUCGCAAGGCUCGUCGCUCAAGGGCGGCAAGCACGGCCCAAGGAACCUUAUGGAGGCGGUCCGCGACGGCGCGAGAAUUGACCGCGACCUGGAGGAGGCGAGACUGCGGAAGCGCCAGAAGCGGCUCAAUCCCGAACCUGCGGCCGCCGCCUCCCGCGCCGGCUCCGUGGCUCCGGGCAUACCCGGCACGGGAGCGGGUCCCGAAACCGAGACGGCCGCGAAGGCACCAUCUAAGAAGGAACUCAAAAAGGGCGCCGCUGCUGCAAGGUUGGCGGAGGCCUCCAGCACCGCGAGCACCAACCAGACGCUCAGCACCCUGAUGGGCGGCUUCGGCCGGAAGAAGAAGGAAUAUUCUUGGAUGAAGAAGUCAGGCAGUGGUACCAGCACGCCGAGGGCCAUUGCAGGAGACGCCGGCUCGGCGGCAGGGGGCGAUUCCGGCAAGGUGCCCGAGAAGACGAGCCUCACUUCGGAUGCGAGGUACCCCCGACUCGGCACGUGGCGCGAGGACAAGGAAAAAGGGAGAAAUAUCCAGUUGAGGGACUGGGUUACCGCGCUGGAGUUGGACGGCAUUGAGACAAGGGCUAUUCAGCAGGCGUAUUUGAAUCUGGACUCCUCGGGGCCCAAGGACAGGAGCUAGAAACGCCCGCUGACAU